AUGUCAAAAGUGAAAAAUUAUGAUGUAGAUGCACGAAUUGAGUCAAUAAAAGAUUCCUUAAUCAAAAUCCAGAACUCCUUUACUGUAGAAAGCCAAAAUCAAAGUUCAAGCUCAGAGUAUUCGAUUUCUAAAUCUCCUUUAUACUCAUUAAGUUCUCAGGAGGAAUCUAAAAAAAAAGCAAAGGAUAUUAUUGAAAAGCAAGAAAAAAAUCAGGAGAAUUCAAAGAAAAAGCAGGCAUAUGAACCUCAUAGCCCAAAAAACGAAAAUUCAGAAACAUUUGACGAGCCUUUAGGAAGACAAUUAACAUUUGGAAAAUCAAAAGACCCUGCAUCAUCAGUGUGAUAUACAAGAUCAUUAGAACCUACAGAUAUAAAAGCAGAAGACUCUGAAGCAAGACCAUUAAAAAAAAGCAAAGAUAAAUCUGAGAUUCAUAUAAAUUCUGAAGAAAUAGUUGAAAAACUUAAGCAGGAAUUAGCAUAUAAAGAUCUGAUGCUAAAUGGGCAGACUAAUGAGCUUUUAAUUAUGCAAAAUAAGCUUAAGCAGCAAGAAAUAAAUUAUUUUGCCAAACUUAAAGAACUCCAAGACACAGGCAAUAAAAAUCGUGAAAGAAAUAUAAAUGAUGAUCUACUCAGACAGCUGCAAGAAAGUGAAACUGAAAGAGAAAGGCUAGAAACAGAAAAUCAAUCUUUAAAAGAGAAAAAAUUGACAAUGGAGGCUGAAAUUUUGAUGCAUCAAAGAAAGAUUUCUAAAUUAAAAAGCAAAAAUAAAGAGCUGCUUCACAAAUUGAAGCACCAUUCUUCUAAAAAUACCCCAGCUCAAGAUAAUUCCAUCCCGAAAUCACCCAGAAAAUCUCCAAUAAAAAAGCAUGAAGAAUCACUAUUAAAAGGCGAAGUUGAAAGACUCAAGUCAGAAAUCCUGGACAUCAAACAAGAAGUUUCUAAAAAACAGCCAAAAAAAGGGCAUCAAGAUGCAUAUAAAACUGCUCCAAUCACUCCUACAAGCCAUAAAAGUAGACCAAUUUUCAGUCCUACAAAAGAUGGAAAGUUUUCUCCAGAAACAGACCCAAUGCUACGAAAAAUCCUUGGCCAGUUAAUGCUUCUCCUCAAAGUAGACAACGUAGGAGACAUUACUCAAGCUUGCCAACGAUUGCUUCGUGACUCAAAAUCCGCUUUUGAAACCAACAAAUUUGUCAAAAAGAUAACAAACUUGCUAUCUAAAUACUCCCAGCCAAACUCAUUACAGUCCAAACCUGAUUUAGAAAGAGUUUACAAGUGAAUUAAAAGGCUAAUUGAAGAAUACCUGCACGUUAAAAAGCAGUGUGAAGCAGUUUUAAGCCACUCUGCAAUUCUUCACAGUAUAAUGAAGAUGCUGAACGUGAUAUUUCCUGAAGACCUGCCAGGAGAAAUUAAAAAGAAACUUUAUAUUUAA